AUGGAACACUCACGACAAUACGGCGGCCGAAAGCGAAUGUCAUUGGGCAACAUUCUCGGUGACCCUUUUGCGCUGGCUACCAUUUCCAUUUCUCUUGUUGGUCCUCCCUUUUCCGCCCAUUGGCUCAGCACAUGUUUCGGCACUCUUGCUUGGUUUAUUACCUUUAUCUCCUGCGUCAUUGCACAAGUCCAGGCCAAUCAAAAGAAGGGACUUCCCGCCUCUGACAACCCCGACGGCAACUUUCCGCCAUUCGCUUGGUGGGCAGUCGUGUACAGCUUGUUUCUCAUCAUCGGCGUCUUCGUCGUCGUCGCUAGCGAUGCUAUCCAGACCUACCACGUUGCCGUUACCGGCUAUCUCGCUGGAGGAAUGGUCCUGGUGACCUCUGGGGUUAACUCGCUAGUGUAUUCCAAGAAUGGUGCCAGGGAGGCCGCGGCUGCUGGUUUCAUUCUUUUGUCCAUGGUGGUGAUUGUCUGGAUCUUCUACUUUGGUUCAACACCAUCCUCAACACCCCGAGCGUUCUUGGAUUCAUUUGCCCUUACGAAGGACUCUUCCGCAGUGCACAGCCAAGCAAUGAAUGGAUAUGGUGGUACUGGCCGACCCGAAACGUCCAACUCGGUCCAACCACCGCAAAUGUACACAUCCGCCCAACUCAACGGUUUCGAGAACCCUUCGCCUGUGGGCGGUGCUUCUCAGGCUCCACCAGCCCCCAGCAUGCCUUCAUACGGCAACAACACAUUGCAACCGAACAGCAAGCCCAACGACGAAGAGGUGCUGCCCCCCACCGAGUAUCCUUAUCAGGCCAAAGCCAUCUACAGCUACGAGGCCAACCCUUCAGAUGCAAACGAGAUUUCCUUCAACAAGCACGAAAUCCUGGAUGUAUCGGACGUCAGUGGACGCUGGUGGCAAGCAAGGAGACGAGGCACUGGCGAAACCGGCAUCGCUCCCAGCAACUACCUCAUACUGUUAUGA